AAGAAACGGUGGACCCAGUUUGUGAAUGUCACCUUUCCAGUGGCAUCCGCGACCGUGAGGAUUGCAUAUGUGUUUUAUGGACCUUACGUCAAUGUUUCCAGCUGCAGAUUUAUUGACAAUUCCAAGUCUGGGCUUCAACUCUCUCUCAGUGUCAACAGUACUGAGCACAUUGUUUCCAUUGUAACUGACUACCAUCACCUGAAGACCAGGUUCAGUUAUUUGGGAUUUGGUGGCUAUGCCCACGUGGCUGACGAGAGCCAAAUCACGAGAUUUGGUUUGGGCACACAAGCAGUGGUAAAGCCCAUAAAACAUGAUAGAGUUAUUUUCCCCUUUGGAUUCAAGUUUAAUAUAGUGGUUGGAUUGAUUUUGUGUGUUAGUCUGGUGAUUUUAGCUUUCCAGUGGCAAUUUUACAUUUCUUUCCGAAAGCUGAUGCGGUGGAUACUAAUCCUGGUUAUCGCCUUGUGGUGUAUUGAACUGCUGGAUGUGUGGAGCACUUGCACUCAGCCCAUCUGUGCAAAAUGGACAAGGACAUUGGCCAGCGCAGCCAGGAAGGCCCCUUCGUCUGAAGAGCACCACGUCAGUCUCCCCAGUGUUGUCAUUACCUCACUUCCUGGCUCAGGAGCUGAAAUCCUCAAACAGCUGUUUUUCAACAGUAGUGAUUUUCUCUACAUCCGGGUCCCUACGCCCUAUAUUGAUAUCCCAGAAACAGAAUUUGAGGUUGACUCCUUUGUAGAUGCCUGUGAGUGGAAGGCGUCCGAUGUCCGCAGUGGUCAUUUUCGUUUACUCCGAGGCUGGUUGCAGUCCCUAGUCCAGGACACAAAACUACAUUUACAAAACAUCCAUCUGCAUGAACCCAGUAGGGGUAAACUCACCCAAUAUCUUCCAGCAAAUAAAGACAGAAAAAGGAAAUCGAAAAGGAGAGAGUCUUUGCAGGAACAAAGAAGUAGAAUGAAAAGCACCUUUGACAGAGACGCUGAAUAUAUUAGGGCUCUGAGGAGACACCUGGUCUGUUACCCUAGUGCACGACCUGUGCUCAGUUUAAGCAGCGGGAGCUGGACGUUAAAACUUAACUUUUUCCAAGAAGUUUUAGGAGCUUCUUUGAGGGCACUGUAUGUAGUAAGAGACCCUCGAGCUUGGGUUUAUUCAGUACUGUACAGCAGUAAGCCAAGUCUUUACUCCUUGAAGAAUGUGCCGGAGCACUUGGGUAAAUUGUUUAAAAUUGAGGAUGGUAAAGAAAAGUGUAACUUAGAUUCGGGCUAUGCCUUUGAAUAUGAAUCGUUGAGGAAAGAGUUUUCAAAAUCCCAGUCAAAUGCAGUCUCCCUGUUGUCUCAUCUCUGGCUAGCAAACACAGCAGCAGCCCUGAGAAUAAACACAGACUUGCUGCCGACUAGCUACCAGCUGGUCAAAUUUGAAGAUAUUGUGCAUUUUCCUCAGAAAACCACUGAAAGGAUUUUUGCCUUUCUUGGAAUUCCUUUGUCUCCCGCUAGUUUAAACCAAAUAUUGUUUGCCACCUCUACGAACCUUUUUUACCUUCCCUAUGAAGGGGAAGUAUCACCAACUAAUAUUAAUAUUUGGAAACAGAACUUGCCUAGAGAUGAAAUUAAACUGAUUGAAAACAUCUGCUGGACAUUGAUGGAUCGUCUAGGAUAUCCAAAGUUUCUGGACUAAAUGCUGCAGGUCAGCAUACA